CAAGGCAAGCCACUACUUUUAGGUUUUAACACAAACAUAGACACAAAGAGUAAAGGCCAUGGAUUUGCCAUUGCUUCUUCUCAAGGUUACAUUCACAAUUGCGUUGGUAGGCUUUGUUAGCAAGUUAAUACUGAUAUGUGAUACUCUAAUAUUGAAGCCAGAAAGGCUUCGAUCAAAACUGCGAAGGCAAGGGAUCAGAGGCCCUCCACCCUCGUUUUUGCUCGGAAACAUUAAUGACAUGAAGAAGAUGAAGGCCAAUUCCUCAAAGACUCCACCAGGAAAGCAAGCAAUAACCCACAAUUGCUCUUCUGCGCUAUUUCCAUUCUUUGAGCUAUGGAGCAAAGAAUAUGGUUCUACGUUCAUGUUCUCACUUGGCAACAUACAAAUAUUGCACAUGAACCAUCCUGAUGUGGUAAAGGAAAUAAGCAUAUGCACUUCCUUAGACUUGGGAAAGCCUUCCUAUCAACACAAAGAUCGAGGUCCUCUACUUGGCCAUGGGAUUCUGACUUCAAAUGGAGCAACAUGGGCUCACCAAAGGAAAAUCCUUGCUCCAGAACUAUACAUGGAAAAGGUCAAGGAUAUGAUGAACUUAAUGGUGGAGUCCUCAAUUACACUAGUGAACUCAUGGACUAAUCUGAUUGAGAGUGAGAGUGGAGUUGCAGAUGUUCACGUUGAUGAAUACAUGAGAAGCUUUUCUGGAGAUGUGAUCUCAAGAGCUUGUUUUGGCAGCAAUUACUCCGAAGGGGAAGAGAUAUUUUUAAAGCUUAGAGAACUUCAAGAGCAAAUGUCAAAAAAAGUUUUUUUAAGUGGCAUUCCAGUAAUAAGAUAUCUUCCAACUAAGAACAAUAGGGAAACAUGGAGGCUACAAAAAGAGGUCCGCUCUUUGAUUAUGAAGGUAGUGAAGGAAAGAAAGGAGGGAGCAUCACAGAAUAAUUUGCUGCAAAUGAUAAUUGAAGGUGCAACCAAUAGUGAUUUUGGUCAAGAUGAGACUGACAGAUUCAUUGUUGACAAUUGCAAGAACAUAUACUUAGCAGGGUAUGAGACAACUGCAGUGUCUGCAACAUGGACCUUGAUGUUGUUGGCCUCAAAUCCAGAGUGGCAACAAAGAGUUCGUUCUGAGGUUCUCGAAAUUUGUGCUGAUCAAAUGCCUAAUGCUGACAUGGUUCGCAAGAUGAAGACGUUGACCAUGGUAAUUCACGAAUCAUUGCGCCUUUAUCCUCCAGUGCCAAUAGUGUCCAGGGAGGCAUUUCAAGACAUGAAAUUUGGAGACAUAAACGUACCUAAAGGUGUAAAUGUGUGGACCUUGAUGGUAUCCUUACACCAAGACCCUGAUCUUUGGGGACCUGAUGCCAACAUCUUUAAACCCGAAAGGUUUGCCAAUGGAGUCAAUGGUGCAUGCAAGCUCCCUUACGUGUACAUGCCAUUUGGGGUCGGUCCUCGUACCUGUUUAGGGCAAAACUUUGCCAUGGUAGAGCUCAAAAUUCUUCUUGCUUUGAUUGUGUCCAACUUCUCCUUUUCCUUGUCACCCAAAUACAGGCACUCCCCGGCAUUGAAGUUGAUUAUAGAGCCUGAAGAUGGUGUCAAUCUCCUUAUUAAGAAGCUGUGAACAAUGAGCCAAUUACUAUUAUAUUAUAUAGUACUACUACUAUAGUUGGUAUUGCAGAAAGUUUUGUUAAUUGGUGCUUAAACUUGGAUUAUUACAAGAUCAAUGAACAUAUAGAAGCACUAGGCCCUACAUGGUAUCUUGUGACAAGACCCAUUUCUUAUUGCAACAGCAGUUUUUGUUUU